CGGCGAGGCCUGCGCUCCGUCGGAGAGCUGGAGCCGAGGCAGGCACGGCCUCCGCCCUGCAGGGGCCGCUGUGGGCCGCAGCCGCUCUCCCCUCUCGGCGGCGGGCCAUCCGGCUCCUCUGCGCCGCAUCAUGUGGGCUCGCCCAGCCCCUCGCGAGGAGCCGGGCCGCUGCCGCUGCUACCGCCUCCUCCUCCUCCUCCUCCAGCGUCCGGAGUCUCCCGCUGUCUGGGCUGAUUCCGCCAUGAGGCGCUGAGAACCGAGGCAGGGGAGCCGUGAGGAGCCCGUCGCCCACCGGCUGAGGGGGCCGAGCGGCCGGGUGGACGCCGAGCCGAGGCUCCCCACACGGUUCCGUCCCGCGCGGGGCGGCCGAGACCAUGUAAAGCGGCCCCAGCCCGAAGAACCAGCCCCGGACGACGGGGGAGCAGCUGCUGCUGCCGCCGCCGCCGGCUUGUGAAGGCCCCGCAAGGGCGCCUGUUUCUCUCUGUGUGUUGUGUGUUUUGUGAGGAACAUGGCGACGUCUAAUCUGUUAAAGGUGAGAGAGAGGCAACCCCCGGCCUGGUUGGGCGGCUUGCCUGCCUGAGGGAACCUCCGGCAUUUGGAGGUUGGGUGAUUUGUGGGGAGGAGCUGCCUGGCUGAUAAGGAGAGGGAGGGAUAUAUAUAUAGCACAGCACAUAUAUAUAUGUAUAUAUAUGUAUAUGUGCGUGUGUGUGUAGAUGUAAUGUGCUGUGCUGUAUGUAUGUGUGUGUGUGUGUGUGUGUGUGUGUGUAUAUAGCUGUGUGUGGUGUGUUUUUUUAAAGCAUGCAUAUAUAUAUAUAUAUAUAUAUAUAAUGUGCUGUGCUAUAUAUAUAUAUAUAUAUAUAUAUAUAUAUAUUGCUGUGCUGUGUGUGGGGUGUUGUUGUUUUUCAAAGCACCGAGGAGCACUUCCAAUAAGUUUGCUCUGGAUCUCGGGAGGAUGCAGUUAAACAGCCCCGUUGGCUUAUUGCAGGGCCGCCGUAACAAAGCAGAGAUAUCAUAGGCAAAACAUAUUGGCUUCUGGGGGCCUGCCUAAAGAGACCCGACUGCCAGGGUUAGGGUUACAUGGUAGGAAGGCGGAGAGCCACGAGCCUAAAGGUUGGAAGCCUGCACUGAAAGGUUGGAAGUGAACGAAAAUGCAACGGACUCGUGUUUCGGGCUAUGUCUCAUUUUUCUAAACUAGGGUGGAGCACAUCCGACUUAACCUGUGUGUGCAUCUUAUAAGAUGUGUGCGCAUCUUAUAAGGUGAAGGGAGCGUUGCAUUCCCUUCACAAGGUUUUUCUGGAUUUCAGCCCCUGUGUAUUGCAGGGCGAAGGCAGGGGAAGAAACAGCAUUUGAGGAAAAUGACAAGUGCUCUAAGACAUGGUGGUCCUAAAUGUAUUCUCCACCCCCCUCCUCCAGCUAUCAAGGGUUUUCAGUGGGGAAUAUGCAGGACAGCUUCCCACUGGAUCUUGCCCCCCAAAAUCAGAUUUGUUGUCAGCCACUUUGUUCCCCUUAAUCAUAUCCAAAAUUUUCUGCCGGAGGGGCCUACUUGCCUUUGCGCGUUUGUUAUGAUUAUUUAUUUAUUUGAGUUAUACACUGCCCUUCAUCAAAAGAUCUCAGGGCAGUUAACAUCUGCUUCCCAGUUGCUAUCUUUUGCCCUUUCCCCUAGAACUCCAUGUAUCCUACAAUAAGUGCCAGCCUUUUGCUUCUGAACACUAGUUUGUUCUGAUGUAAAUGAAUCCCAUCUUCAACUGGAAGCAUGGACGGAGAAGGGUGAUGGAAUACUACAAACUUUAAUGUGCUCUUACACUCCACGUUUGGGAUCCUUUCAUCCCUUUCAUUAAUUAAACUGAAAGCAGAGGAUGGGUAAGCUGUAGAAGGCAGGUAAAACUCAGGCUAGGAACAGAAGGACUGGAGCUAGGAAACAGAUUAGAUAACAAAUCAGGAGCAUAGGCAGUGAGUGGGUGAGUGUGUUUGGGGACAUAAAAGAAAAACAAGUGCUCAGUAUUGUAAUUGAAUUGAGGAUUGGAGAUGCUGAAAAAAAGAAAAUCUCAAAAGGAGUAAAGCUGUCAAAGGAAAAAAGUGCAGGAAGGGUGGGAGUGAGUAUGUGGGGGGAGAGUAUUCUUAAAACGCACAGAUGUAACAGCUUGUGUGUGCGCAAGAUUGUGUGUGUUUGUGAAUAGCAGAGAGUAGCCAAUGUGGGACCCUCUGGAAAUUGUGAACUCAACAGCCACAGCAAGCAUAGUCAUAGCCUGGAGUGGUGGGAGUUCUAGUCCAACAACAUCUGGAGGAUACAGCCUUAGCCCUUCCUGGUAUAUAGCAAAGUGGCAAUAAUUGAGGGUAAAGUAAAGGUAAAGGUACCCCUGCCCGUACGGGCCAGUCGUGUCCGACUCUAGGGUUGUGCGCCCAUCUCACUUAAGAGGCCGGGGGCCAGCGCUGUCCGGAGACACUUCCGGGUCACGUGGCCAGCGUGACGAAGCUGCUCUGGCAAGCCAGCACCAGCGCAGCACACAGAAACUCCGUUUACCUUCCCACUAUAAAGCGGUACCUAUUUAUCUACUUGCACUUAGGGGUGCUUUCGAACUGCUAGGUGGGCAGGAGCUGGGACCGAAAGACGGGAGCUCACCCCGCCGCGGGGAUUCGAACUGCCGACCAUGCGAUCGGCAAGCCCUAGGCACUGAGGUUUUACCCACAGCGCCACCCGCAUCCUGCGUCAAAAAUAAUUGAGGGUAGGGCUGGAGAAAUCUCCAAUAUAGAUUUUUCCCUCCCCCAAUCUUAUGUGUGGCUGACCCAUUAAAUUUGAUUUUUGUCCCCAAACUCUGAGACUGAAAUAAAGAAAUUUAGAAUGUUUUCCAUUCCUGAUAGGUAUUGUAACAAAUUGUCAUUUAAUCACUAGGCUUGGGUGUUAUGCAUUAAGCAGGUUGGCACUAGCUUUUUUGAAAAUUGAUGUCUGGUGAACUUGUUUUAAGCUAAACACUGCUGUAAGAGAUUGUAGAACAAAUAGGUAUAUUUUAUUAUUUGCUUGUUAAAUGUUUAUGCUGCUAAUAUAACUAAAAUCUCUAGUUUAAAACAAAAAUGCAGCAAAAAAUCCUAAAUAUGAGAUAAAAACGUGAGAACGUUAUAAGCUAUUUUGCUAUAGCAAAAUAAAAAUACAAUAGCCAAAACUUCUUUGCUUUAUGCAAAAUGUACAAGCCCAAACCAUUGAAAAAGUGUUAUUGUAUUAAGUGACUUAUUUGAUAACUCUUGUCCCCUGAUCAUGUUGCUGUCAAAUGAUAGGUUGAGAGAGGACAAAAGACUUACUUUUCUACCUCUUGUUGAUAAAUAGAUUUUUUAAAUUAUUGUAAUAACUUUCAGGAGAAAGUAUACUCUUGUGAAAGUUAACCUAUGCCUUUUUCCUGUACACAUCAAGAUUUUCAUAACUGGAGAAAUGAAUGCCAUUUAUCCAGUAGAUAAUUCAGAUACUUUGAAGUUAAAAUAUAAUCAGAAGAGGUUGUUUCGUGAAGGUGAAAUUUCACGAAAUUAUGAAAGAGGUUUAAGUUUUGCCUGUGUCUGAAUUUUUAGGUAUGUAUAACCAAGAGAAGGGAUGUAAAAUAGUGCCCAUGUAGAAGUACAGUGCUUUCUUCUUGAAACAAUACUCUAAAAACAUCUCCAAUAUUAAAAUUAAGUACAUGCAAACCUAAGAUCAAGCAGGUUGAAAUAUUUAUGCUUUUGAUCUUACUUUUGAUAGGACUGGGAUUAUGAAGUGAAAUAUGAGGCUGCUUUUAGAAAGAGGCACUUACCUCAGAAGUCUUCCAAGAAAUAUAUAGUGAUACCAAAUUGAAAUGUCGAGGCCUUGAUGGCUGUAAUCCAUCUGUCAAACUCCCUUUUCUAGAGCAUGUUGCAAACCAGUGACCUAUGGGCCUCAUCUUCCCCUGGAGGUAUCUUUAUUUGGCCACCUGAUGACUCUUCUCUAACCCCAUGAGGGGAUAUUUCAGGAAACACACAUUCGUUUAUCUGUACUACCAGUGAUGAUGAAGACACCCCAUCUGAGUGUAUGUGCUGGGGGAUGUCAACUUAGUAAUAGAGCCAGACCAUGUAUGGCAGGCUUUAAUGGCACUGGCUCUUUAAAGUCUGAAGAACUUUAAUUGCUCCAGAGAGUACAGAAGUUUGCCAUCCGUGCACAAUAGCAUUCUUGGCAAAUAAAGCCCAACCUCUGAACUGCUUCCCAGUUACCUGUAAAUGUUACCAUGUGGCUUUGGAAUAGGCUGAGCUAUUAAACUAGGUAUGGUAAAUACACUGUUUCUCCCUACACGUCACCAUCUAGUUUGAGUUCUCCCGUUCUUUCUACUAGCAGACAGGCACUUCUCGCUCUCUUUCUAGAGCCACUUUUUCUUCUUGUCUUUCUAUUGAACGCAGGCAGGUUCUUGGCUUAGUCUGCAGGAGCCAGGUCAGAUCAGUUCGUUCUUUUGCUCUGACCAGGGCAGGAGAAACAAGAAGUUAAAUAAAUAACCAUUGGCUGUUUUUCUAACUUAGUCCCCUUUUCUUCACCUUAUUACGGAGAACAUGCACCCAACCUCACAAGUGCCGAUCAGCCCUUCCUUCCUACUCAGAAGCUAAAAGGGACAAAUACGCCCAGUCAUGAACUUCCCUUUUGGCUUUCUGUCCUUUUGCCUCCCUCAUUCCCUGCCUUACCACUGGUCUUUCCUCCCUCUCCAUCUGCUGGUGAAAUCCAUCUCCUUUCCUUGUUUAGGCCUGAGGCAGGUAUUUGAGAUUGACUACCAAGUGCUGGAUCUCUGGGGUUUGUUAAGAUGCCCAGGCCUAAGUGAAUGCAUUAUAGACAGUGUUCAUAUGGCUAACAGCUAUAAGGCUGAAUUGGUAUUCAUUUACAUAGGAGUAUGUCUCAUUGACAACAGUGCAGUGACAUCUGAAUAAGCCACAAUACAAAUAUAUUGUGGCUUCUUUCUCUCUCCUAGGGUCCUCACUCUGGUGCAGUCUGUAGUAGCCAUCAUCACUUGUCCCAGCCUCUCUAUAACCCCUGAUUUCCUAUGUCGCCCAGUCAUUGCUUCUUGACUCCAUCUCCUAGCCUAAGUCGGUCUUGCAAAUUAGGCAGUUGUCAAUUUCCUACCUACUGCCACAACCUGCUAAACUCCCUAAGUUUUGACUUCUGCAAUAAAAUGCAGCAAUAAAACAGAUGCUAAUGUGUUAUAACAGUAGGACCAGAAUUCCAUUGAUUUGCAAUGAAGCCAUAUUAAAGCAGUCUUUGGACUUAUUUUUCAUGUUUCAGGCAUCUAUAAUGUUGGCUCCUAGAACAAAUACAGUGAUAAAAAAGCCAUGUGAACCCUAGUAGUCAAUGGAGCAUAUAUGAUUCCAAUAACAUCAGUAAAUUCUUAGUAUUUAGUAUACAAGGCUCCCAUGAAUAACCACAGCAUAUGAUGCUGUCAUGGGUAUAUAAAAUGGGUAGAUAAAAUGUUUUCUUAGUAUCAGAGUAGCUUCUGGCAUCUGCUCAACAUCUGAGUAACAGUUCCUCUUAAAUUCUCUGCCAAUAUACAUAGUGAAUUUGUUCAUCCCAGCAACAUGUAUGUGUAUGAAAAUGUUAACUACUAGCUGAUAUUAACCAGUGUUGCUCAGAAAUUCUAUGAAACCAAGAAUUACUGAGUUUUAUAAAUAGGUAAUUUGUUUUUAGGUGAGUGCACACACUCUCAUUGGCCUGAUCUGAGAGUCCAGAUCAGCCCCAACCUGAGCGACACCCAAACUGGACCUGAGCCCCAAUCAUUUUGGCUACAGGACUAAUGCUUAUUUAGGGUUUUAAAAAUUCCUAUACAGUCAGGAGCGGGGCAGGGCAUGGAGACAUUGUACCUCCCCCCCACUCCACAGACACUGCAGAGAGCAAGAGAAUCAAAGCCUAGUGGAUGGGUGCUGCUUCACCAGCGUGUUCCUUGCAGGGAACCCACUGGUGAAGCAAACCUCUGCAGCCAGCAGACUUGUACCCUUGAUGGGUGGCUCCUGCACUGCUGCUGUAUGUACUUGACUGUUGUGCCAGGCAUGCCUACCUACCCCUCACUGAUAUCAUUUCCCCCCAUGGUGUCCCAGUUCAUUGUGUUGCAGGGUCAUGGCAUCUCCACUUCCACUGACAAUAGCACCUCCUCCCACUCCCACUAUCUUCAAAUGUGUCCAAACUGGUGCAGGUUGGAAUGGUUCUGUCUACCAUUUUGAUUCAAAAUGGCCUGCAGCCAUUUCCAAACAUAAACGAAAACUCUCCUCCAUCUUGGGAUCCAUCAGAUUUGAUGAUGAUAUCUCAAGUGGCAUCUGAAUGCAUUGAGACAAACCACGUUCUAAAAUUAUAAUAUAUACAUUAUAAUAAUGUAGAAUAAUAUAUAUAGAGAGAGCGUGUGUGUAGAUGUGCCUUAUGUGCUAGUUUCUCUCUUCCUAGAAAAGACUGCAAAUCAACUUGCCUGGGGUGGGGUGGAGGGCUGCUGUUCUCAGCUACCUAUGAGGAAGACUGGAGUGGAUGGGGACAAAAUGAUGUUUGCAGAAGGUAUUCAGAGUCUGAGGUUCUGCAACAUGUCACAAUAGGCUACCUGCAGUUGCUUAAGAUAAAAAGCUGAAAUUUUGCCUGCCACGCUGUGCUAGAAGACUGGCUAGAAUUCUUCCCUUUUGUCCCUUUGUAUUACUGCUGUGUGGAAUGAGGCAAUGGCAACUUGUUAUAUAGGCAUAAUUGUGCCAGUACAGUGGUGCCUCGCAAGACGAAAUUAAUCCGUUCCGCGAGUCUCUUCGUCUUGCGGUUUUUUCGUCUUGCGAAGCACGGCUAUUAGCGGCUUAGCGGCUAUUAAUGGCUUAGCGGCUAUUAACGGCUUAGCGGCUUUAAGAAAAAGGAAACAAACUCGCAAGAACUCGCAAGACAUUUCGUCUUGCGAAGCAAGCCCAUAGGGAAAUUCGUCUUGCGGAACGACUCAAAAAACGGAAAACUCUUUCGUCUAGCGAGUUUCUCGUCUUGCGAGGCAUUCGUCUUGCGGGGCACCACUGUAUAGUUAAGGGGGAUAGGUAAUGAAAUUUUAUACCAUUGUAAAUGCAGAACAUUCUCUGUGUUAUUAAAAUCCAGGCAAUUUGUUCAGAUUGUCUGAAAUUUAGCAUGGGCUUUCUCCAUGUUGAUACAUUAAAUGCAACUAGCUUGCUCCAUAAGCUAGCUAUAUUUGAAGAAAACUGUUGAGGAACAGUCAAGUUACACCAGUUCCAUUUCCCUUCAUUUGUGGCCAUUUUUUGCUCUCCCGUAAGAUGCCAUAGAAUCAUAUAAUUGUUGAGUUGGAAGGGACCAUGUGGAAGGGACCCCUUGCAAUGCUGAAAUCUUUUACCCAACUUGGCCUCGAACCCAUGACCCUGAGAUGAAGCGUCUGCUUUUUCUCACUCAUUUAAAUGCACCUAGAAUAGUAAAGGAAGUUAUAUUACAAGUGUCUGGCAUUUCAAUUUUGUGAAAAUUCAUUAUCCUCAUAAAGAUAACUAUCUUUUAAAGUCUCUGUGUAAGUAACCAGUUAAAGGCAAGUCAUGAAACACAUCCUUAGUGAAAAGAUCAAAGGAAAGUUUGGGCAAAUAGAGUCUAGGUUGUAAGUGAGCACAAUAUUUUUGAAUGCAGAAUGUGUUUGCUUCUUGCAUGGUGCAGAAAUUGGAUGAAUGCCGUACAAUUUCCUGUUCCUCUCCCGUCUAAAUAUGGAAAAUUUGUGAAUGUCUUAACCCUUCUCUUAAACUGGACACCAGUCUCUGGAGAACAACAGCGGGGGAGAGCAAUUGCCCUUGUGGGCUUCCCAUGAGUGUCUGGUGAUGGCCACUGUGGGAAACAAGCCUUCACUCCCAUCCAGCAGAGAUCUUUGAAUUUCCGAGGCUCAUGAUAUUUCGUUGCAUUCAAUUUUUCAGUGCUUAAAAAUCCAAACUCCUAGUAUGGCAACAUAUCAAAAUAAUCAUUAUUAUUCAACUUGAAUACCUAGUCCUUUCGCUUUGAUUGAAUGAAUGUCUGGGUUAGUGCAGUGUGUCAUUUGUAUCUGCAUACAGUGUUUUCUCACAUGGAUUUCUGACCCUCUCAAUUUGCAUGCACUGUCUCCACUGCAAUAGGCUUUUCCUGAUCACAGGGUAGAUGUGGUGUUUCCACUGUAGCUCUAUCACUCUCGCUUGAAGGAGAAUAAUUUUUGUGUGUGUUUCUUUAUCAGCAAGAACAUGAUAAUUUGUGAAAAGCGUUCAGUGCAGGCACAUUUUAAGUGUCAAGUAUAUUUGCAUGUAUUUUUCCUCCUACCGUACCUUUUUGCAACAAAACAGCAAUAUUGACACACUGAAUAUGCUGGACUGAGAGCAAUAGAGCCCUGUGUUCAGUUGUGUUUAAAUGGACCCAAACCGUCUUGUUGGCUGUCAGUUGGAUUACAGAGUGCACAUACCUCACCUGGAUGUAUGUCUGAAGAAUUUUGUACUUCAGAAUCUGCUUCCAAGUUUAAAAUGUGCUGCAUGAGGUGGUCCAUAUUCCUAGUACUAUAAGGUUACAGUGUUUUUGAAAACCUCCAGCACAAUGCAGAUAAAUAAAACAAUGAAAAUGCAUUUUGUCAGUUUUUCAUUGUCUCCCCUUUUUGUGGCUCAUGACUUAAAAAGUUUCUUUCUUGUUUAAGUUCUGGAUUAUUACUUAAAUGUACCUGCUGAAGUAUCAUAUACAACUUAGGGGGAUAGGAGAUGAAUCUCUCAUUGGGGCAUUUUUAAAAGGUGGCUAGUUCAAUAUGUUUGAAGUCUGAACCUGGGAAAACCAAUGUGUGCUAUGAUUUCUACCAAGUUUGUUCCCCUGAGGAUUGCAGAUAACACGGUGUGAUCAUGAAACUUCACAGGGUAAGAUGCAAUGAGUUAUUUAAAGAAGUGGUUGUCUAGUUGAUCUAUUUGACUACAGGUGGACUCAAGUGCACAUGUAAUUGGAAGCCCCAAUGAGCAAAAUGGACUGGAUUCAGAAUGAACAUAUAUAGGAUUGGGCUGCAAGAUUAAUGCUUAUUUGACCUGUAUUUAAAGUAUGCUGUCUUCUUUCUUGAAGAAUAAAGGUUCACUUCAGUUUGAAGACAAAUGGGAUUUCAUGCGCCCCAUUGUUCUGAAGCUUUUGCGCCAGGAAUCUGUCACGAAACAGCAGUGGUUUGAUCUAUUUUCGUAAGUAGUGUGUAUCAUUUGUAAUUCUUGGGUAAUAGAACAAUGGUAAUGGUUUGUAAUAUCUUGUUGAAACAGUUGUUUAAGGAAAGACCCUGUAAUAGACUUCUUACUUAGGAUACUCAUUUGUUUUCAAGAUAGCUAGCAAUUGACUUUGAAAAUUAGAAUGGUAAUGAAGUGAUUUAUUUGGGAUUAUCAUUUACUUAAACUGUUAUGUAUUGAUGUACUGUUCUCAUAGGUUCCACAUUCAAGUAAUUUUUCUCUGAUAAAAUGAUUGGACAGUUAUUUUUAUAUAGCACAAUCUAUUGCUAUUCUGUCAACAGAAGUCUAAAUUCUAAUCAGUGCUUUACUCAGAGCUGAAAAUAUGCUGAAAAGAGCAAUUUCCGAAGCUAAUAGCAGCUUUUAGCAGUGCUGCAUUUACAAAAUAUGCGCACACACAAAUGGAUUUCAGGACGUAUUUAUGGAACACACAUACCCUUUUUUAAAGAACAUUUGUUCCAUUUUUUGUUGACAGGGUUUUUCCUUCUAAAAACUAGCAGUAGAAGGGGCUUGCUUCCUGGGCUGUAAUGGUCACUUGAACUAGCGAGCCCCUGGCUAUCAGGGCUCACUCCCGUAACCUAUGAAUUCCUCCUCAAGUUGCUCUUGCCAAAAAAGGGAGUUGCUGUUAAGCCUUUUCCUGACAUUCUCUCCCCCACCCCACCCCUCCGGCCGAUGUUCCUUGAGCUGAGAGAUGAAGAUUGGGAGGUUGGAGGAUGGAGACACAUGCAUGGGCAAUCAUAUGUUCAUAGGAGAGAUGGUACCCAUGCCUUGUAUGCAAGUGAGCUUACUUGAGUGUGUAACACACCAUACUUGCUGACCAGAGGGCCUCGCUGCUCUUAGGUAAGCUUGUGGGCUUGCCCUAAUAUGAUUUCUCUCUUGAUGUGUGCUUAGAAUGAGCGGAUGAAAGUGACCCUUUCGUAAGUGGAAUUAAAAUAGUGUAGCAAACUUGAGAGGGAAGGGGCAAGCAAUCAGGGGCAAGAAGUCUUGAGAAUUUCAUCACCUGCGCUUGCAAAGGUGAAACCUCAUAUGAGAUAUCUUUGCAGGACAGAUUGCCAUAAAGUGACUCCGUAGAGGAUUUGGCAGUCACAUGGGUGGCAGAUUAAGUUGUAGUCCUACUCUGAGUACACACAUUGAAAUUAAUGGGCAUGACUAACUUAUGUUCAUUAAUUUCAGCAGGUCUACUGUGAGUAAACCUUAGUUGGAUACAACUCAUAGUUUUUCUAAGCUCCAGAUCUGAUAGUUUCGAAUAAGGACAUAAAGAGCUUCUAUAUAUAUCGAGUCAUACUAAUGGUUUAUAUAGCAUCUAUAUAAAUGGUUGUCGGCUGGUUUUAUCAGUGGGAUAAUCUUAAAGGUGGGUGAGUGACCAAGCCCUCUCCCUCUCCCUCUAGCCAAAGGGACAUGUUAGAAAAUCCAGUUUCAUUCUGAUACUUGAAGUUAGGGAAGAGACACACUGGAGUGCCUAAGUGAGAGCAGAGACAAAUAUUGUCCAUUUUUUAGCCAUUUUGCAGGGAAACCAGAAUGAUAUCUGGCUCUGCGAGUGAGAGAAGGGCUUUGCCUCUUUAUUUGCUUUCCUAUGCCUUCAUCUCACUACCUCAUAUUGCUGGAAGUCCAGAAGGAAGAAGGUGAUGAGCACCUGGGGUAUGUGAGAUUGUCAGAACAUCUCAGGAGAGCAGCUUUUGCUAACAAACCGCUAGUUGUUAACCUAAUUAUGACCAGUAGCAGCUCUGAAGGGUCUCAGUCAGGGCUGUCUUAGACUUAUUACCAAAACACCUUCAACUGGGGAAGCCAGGCACGAACUUGGGAUGUUUACAAAAGUAUGUGAUCUAGCACUAAGCUGCAGCCCUUUCUUUAUGUGUGCCUCAUUAAAACGGUUCCAUUUUUUUCCGGGGAGAUGGUGUUUCUCCACCUGGAAAUAGUUCUGUUUCCCAGGAUGGCAACUUUGGUUAGGCAUACUCUGUAACAGUGGGCUUUGUAAAUGAAUGAUAAAGUGCCAGAUUCUUUUUUCUACUGUGAAUUAUUUGACUUCAGACAUUAAUAUUGCAUGUACAGAUUUGUAUAUGCUGAUAUGUCUAUUUAAAACGACCUAAUGGACAAAGUAAUGCUUGGUCCCACUUUCCCCAGCUGUGGGUAGGCACUAUAUUGUUGACAUUUAACUGGGGUUGCUUGAGGACAUUAUUAUCAAGUGGCCACUUAAACUGAAAUUUCAGCUAUACAGUUUAGUAUUAUCUUGACCUGACUGAAUGUAUAUAUUUUCUAGGGAUGUGCAUGGCGUUUGCUUGUGGGAUGAUAAAGGCCCAGCAAAAAUACACCAGGCUUUGAAAGAAGAUAUCCUUGAUUUUAUUAAACAAGCACAAGCAGUAAGUUUUCAACUUGUCCACAAGUAGAUUCUUUUCUCCUGAUAUCUCAAAAGUGUAUUUUCUCAAAGGCAGCUCAACUUUGCAUACAGAACUGAGAAUAACCACAAACAUGAUGGGUCGCCUAAUCCAAAUCUCCCUGGAUAGGGCGGUGUGUACUGUGCAGAUGUUGGGCGUCUUGUAGCUUUUUUACAAGUUUGCGUUUGUAACAUCAGAAUUCUCUAUGUUAUGUAUGGCAUAACUUUUUAAAAAAAAAGAAUCAAUAGCUGCAUUGGUAGUAGGCAUUAGAAAUACUCAUGUGUGUUUUUAAACUGUAUCUGUUUUUAUACUGUACUUAGGAUCUUCGGAUGAAGGGUGGUAUAGAAACUUAACAAAUAAAGAUGAUAAUAUUUUGAGCCAUCUCUUCUUUCAGAGAGUGCUGAGCCACCAAGAUGAUACUGCAUUACUGAAAGCCUAUAUUGUAGAGUGGCGUAAAUUCUUCACGCAGUGUGAUAUCUUACCCAAGCCAUUUUGUCAGUUAGAGAUUACUCUCAUGGGCAAACCAGGCAGCAACAAGAAGUCCAAUGUAGAAGACAGUAUUGUACGAAAGGUAAGUUAUUUGCUGUAAAUAUACACCAUCACAAAGAGAGUUUGUUGUAGCACGAAUACAUGGCAUAGCAUAGCAUAGCAUAGCACAGCAUAGCGAAAUCUUGCAUCGUCCAUAGUUAUACUGAAGCAUCACUUUAAAGUGGGGGUUAGAACUGAUUAUUUACUGAACUGCUUCUCUUUCCACUGCCAGGCACAAUUCCAUAAUGCAGUGCUAUUCAUCCAAUGUAGUGGUAGCUUUGCAUAUUCCUGCUGCUUUUUUCUUAAACAAAUUUGUAGGUAGGUGAUGAAUAUGUUCUUCCUUUGAAAGUGUGAAAAAGAGUGUGGCCAAAAAAAGCAGUUGGUUUAUGUUUCCCUGAGUUUUAAAGAUAAGACAGAGUGAGCGCAUAAUUAGCUGGAGUUAUUUAAAACACACUUUCUACUCAAUUAACAAUGCUCACUAUAAAGUGACCACAAACCUCAUUGGAGACCUUUUUUUUUGUUUUUGUUAGUCCUUGGUAAAGAGAGGGGCAAUUGUAACAGAACAUUUGUUUUUUUAAAAUAGCUGUCAUGUGGACAUUCUGUACUAUUUGAAAAAUAAGUUUAAAUCUGAAACUGAACUUUUGCCAGGCCCUUCAAGGGCCAGUUUUUAAUGGGUUGCCUUUUGAGAAUUUUUACAUACCUUUUAAUGUUAUUUCUUCUUCUUUCUGUCUUUGCAGCUCAUGUUAGACACUUGGAACGAAUCCAUAUUUUCAAAUAUAAAGACUCGCCUUCAAGACAGUGCAAUGAAGCUGGUCCAUGCUGAAAGGCUAGGGGAAGCAUUUGACUCUCAACUUGUCAUUGGUGUUAGAGAAUCAUAUGGUAUGUGUUGUUUUAUGGGACAUGUCUUCAGAACCCCAUUAAUAUACAAACCAUCAUAGUUUGCCUCCAGCUACAAUUUGCAUUGACAAAAGGAUUUAUGACAAGUGUACAGAAAAGACCAGUAAUCUCUGUGGUCCAGCAGCAAGAGCAGUUUCCAAAGGUGUUUGAACUAUAAGGGUUUGUUUUUCUUGAUGCUUGAAACUUGUCCCUUGUCUUGAUUAGUAAAUAAGGAAUUUCUUCAGACAUUUCCAUCAGUGAUGAUCUUAAGAUUCAUGUUACUGCUGCUUUUGCACAGGCAAAUGCCCUGGGAAUUAUUAUUUUUUGGGGGGGAGGAAUCUGAAAUCCCAUGGGUUGGUGGAAUGUAAAUUCAAUAUUUUUUAAACACUACCUUUUUUGGUGCUGUAAGUUCCAGAGUUAGCCCUCCCGGCCUGGCCCAGCCCUCGCCACUCUCCUAGAAUGCCCAUUUUUCAGGUCUUAUGCUGGAAAGAUCUUUCAGUAAUGACUCAGGUGACUGAGCUGACAGGUUGAGGGAGUUAGGACUGGCAUAUCUUUGCCUAAGUUGGUAUAUGGGGCUUACGCCAGGAUAGCUCAGCAGCACCAGGAAUCGGCUGAAUGAGCGAGAGAUCCUGUGGGUCUUUAUUCGCUCAUCCUGAGACAAGUCGUGGGUUUGGAUUGCUCCCUUACCUGCUAACUUACAAUCUAAAAUUACCCUAAAAAGCACACUUUUAUUCCUCUUAUUAGACUUCUAAGUUGUCAUAGUCUUAUGUCCAGAUGAUCAGGAAUUGUUUUAAAAAAUGGAAAGCUAGACUAUGUUUUUCUGCCUAUUGUUAUAUUCAUUGUCAUUAAUGGGAGAAGUAAGUGUGUUUCAUCAUAUAGAAGCCCAGGAAGAAUGCUUUAACUUUAUAUUCCUCAUUUCAGUUAAUCUGUGUUCUAAUCCUGAAGACAAACUCCAGAUUUAUCGGGAUAAUUUUGAAAAAGCAUACCUUGAUUCAACAGAGAGAUUUUAUAGAACUCAAGCCCCUUCGUAUUUGCAACAAAAUGGUGUUCAGAAUUACAUGAAAUAUGUAAGUUCAAAGGUGUUGGUAUGAAGUUGUUGGUCCUGUUAAUGUUAAUAUUCUAAGUAAUCGUUGUUCUGCUCUCUACAGGCAGAUGCUAAAUUAAAGGAAGAAGAAAAAAGAGCACUACGGUAUUUAGAAACCAGGCGGGAAUGUAACUCUGUAGAAGCGGUAUGUGUUAGUUUUAGCUAUAUAUAGCAGGUAUAAUUAUAUACCAUUGUAUACCCAUUUACGUGGGUGCAAACAUCACCGAGCUCUGUGGGACUUUGUAUGGGAUUGCCCUGUAGAAUGUGUACAUGCUUCUGCUUUUUUAUCCCUGUGUUUUAGGACCCUUGUUCCCUUGAUUAUAAUCUUUAUUAACUGUUUUUAAUAUUGUAAUUCAAAAUUGUUGUAACCCACCCUGGAACUUCAUGGUGAAGAGUGGAUGAUGAUGAUGAUGAAGAAGAAUAAAUAAUACUCACAUUAGUCAAAAUGUGUAUAAACAUAAUUUUAUCUACUAUAGGGGGUGUCCUAAAUUUGCUUCAUACUGGGGAAUUCUGUAUUUUGCAAAACUGGAGACUAGCUGAUUUCAGAUUAUCCUCCAAGCCAGAGCUUCCCAAACUGUGUGUCACAUAAAUACUCCCCAUGCUCCUCCUGGGGCUGGAAAGGGGUUAGUUUAACCACCAGUUUGCUAGUAAAACUGAAUUGCCGUGUCACAAAAUGAUGCAUGUCUAAAAAGUGUGUCACCAACAUGAAAAGUUUGGAAAGCUCUCCUCCAAACCAUAUUUUGAGCAAGCCCUCCAAACCAGAAUUGCAAAGCACAAAAUGAUCCUGGUGUGCUGUCCUAGUUUGAAGGGUUCAAUCUUCCCCAAACACUUCACCCAAAAUGUCUUCCAUAUCAUUUAAAAAAAAGACAGUCCCCUCCCAUUCCUCAUUCUCACAAUCAGAGAAGUCUCCACACCAAAGGAAAAUGGAUUGGGAGGGAGGAAUAAAUAAGCAAACUCAGGUGUAAGUUUUUAGUUACCAGUUCUUUGAAUGAUAAACUGGAUUGGAAAGAGUUCAAGGAGUUCAUAAGUUCUUGGUGUCUCAGCUGCACAGAUGAAGUGGCCCCACAUCUGUUCUGUCUUCUCUUAUGUAGCCUAAUGUAAUGGCUGCUAUCAGGUGACAAUUCAUGGAGGGAGGAGCUUGACUGUAUUCCUUCUGUUUCCUCCACUAGUAUUGCCUAAUGUAAUGUCUGCUGCAAAUUGUGGCUUGAUUAAAAGAGGAAGUGAUUGAUUGAGGCAUGCAUGAGGGAGGGUGAAAGGGGUGUGUGGAAUGUUCCUCAUCCUCCAAAACAUGAUUGCAAGAUCAUCUCAAUUCAGCUGAUGCGUUUCUACAUCCUAAGUACACUAAUGGUUGCACUUCUACCUUUCAGCUUAUGGAGUGCUGUGUGAAUGCUCUGGUGACAUCUUUUAAGGAGACAAUUUUAGCUGAAUGCCAAGGCAUGAUCAAACGAAAUGAAACAGAAAGUAAGUGAAGUGUAGCAUAAAUCUGUGUCAUUAGAUUGGUAUGGACAGAGUAAAAUAUAUAACUGAUUUAUAUUACUGCUUUUGUAAAGAGUAGCACACAAGAAAUACAAUUUGACGUAGAACCAGUUCAGAGUUGCUUGCUGCCCUGCAUGGCUAUGUGUAAAUAUAUUUUAUCACAUGUUUCUUUGUUGCACUUUUAUCCUACCCUUUCUCCAAGGAGCUCAGGGUCUGUGCACAAAGUUAUUCUCCCCAUCUUAAUCCUCAAAACAACCCUGUUAAUUCCGUGAGUCUGAGGAAUAGUGGCUGGUCUAAGGUUAACUUCAUGGUUGAGUUGGAGCUGAAAUCUGUUCUACCUGCACAGUCUAAUAGUUGAACCACUAUAUUACACAUCGGGAUGUUUAUAUUCAUUCAUUGCAGUUUCAGUGCAUUUCAUGUAACUGAAUGAGGGUUAAUCCAGUGGUAGCUGAAAGCACACUUGGCCCCACCAUAUUGCAUUAUGAUUGCUGCUGCAUGCUUUUAGCUGUAUUUCAACACCCUUGUCUGUCUUUUGGGUCUACUUAGUUUUUAUCAUUUAGGUGAACAGGCAUAUCUUUAAGCCCUAGGAAUGCUAUUAGUUUAUGUGCCUUUUUGGCAAAGGUGGAAAAUGGGUGGAAAUUUCCAUGGGUGGAAAUCAGAAGAAAGAGACUGCAUAAGCAAACAACCCUGCACACUAUAACCUUUUGUUUAAUUUACUCCACUGCAUGGUAUAUGUUAUUUGUGGGGUUGUUGUUUUUUAUAAAAAAAUAGCAAUUAGUUCAAAAUGGAUGGUUCCACCUUUCAUGGUAUAAACAUCUGCAGUUAGGCCUGGGAAUUCAAAAGGUAUCUGACCUUUAAAAAAUAUGCUUGGCUUCUCAUCCUGACAGCACUUCUUUGGCACUAGUCCAGAGCUGAAUAUAGCAAGGUAGCAAACGUUGUACAAGUAUAACUUUCAGUCCUCAAGGGGAAUGAGACUUUAUGGGAACUUGGAACUAUUGAGAAAUUGAUUAGUGAACAUGGGCUAUUGCAGUGAAUUUCGCUGCAUAGUCCUGGAGAAGACUGGUCCAUAAAACCACUUCUUCCCCCACAGUUUUGCUUUCCUCUGCAUCCUUCCCUGAAUGAAUCAGUGAUUUAUUUGUUUUACAUACUUAAUUUGAAUUAUAUACUGCUUAUUCUUAAAAACCUCUGAGUGGUUUACAUAAAAUGUAAUGCUGACCCUGGCUAACUGUAGGCAGCAAAUCAGGAGUCCUCCUUGAGGAUGCAUUCUUUCCCUUCCUUCUCUUCCUUUUAUUUAUUUUAUUCAUUCAUUCCCCGCCUUUCCCCCUGAUGGCACUCAAGGUAGUUUCUCUUCUCUUCUCUUCCCUUCCAAGGGUUAAUAUAGUUCUCUGUCAUGGUCCCAGUGCAGUCCCAUUUAUCGGUAUUGUGCCUGUGCAGAGCCUUACUUUGGAGCCUUCUAGAGCUAGGCUAAUGUUUUCUGCAGGCAGCUCACCACCAUCUUAGCACACUCUCAAAAGGGCCAUGACUACUACUGUUCUGUAAGUUCCUUUCAUCCACCUCAGUGGUAGCAUGAUGAGAGACUUCCUACUUGCUUGUUCUGUCAGAGGUUGAGCUUGGCUAUUUAAAAUCAGCACUAUAUUCCUUUUUAUUCUUUCUUUACUAUAGUGUAUUUUAUUAAUACAGUACAUACAGAUUUUUAAAAAAACAUUUCACAUCUGCUUUGAUUGCUGUGAGCCUCAGGGUGCUUCUGUCUUCUCCCAACAAGCCUAUUUUACUUUAUUUUCACAACAUUUAUAUACUGCUUAUAUACACGUAUACCAUAGUUCGAAGCCUAGAUUACAAGGAUCCUGGUAUUGAUUAACCAUGGUGUGUAUGUGAUGGAAGACUAUGGUUAAUGCUAGAAAGGAAAGGGGAAAAUUGGUUCAUGGAGGAGAAAGUGUGCAUUCUCAAGGCUGGCUUCCAAUUUGCACAUUGUGGUUUGUACAGAGCCCAGGUUAAGUCUGAACAGACCCACUGGAUAAUCUCAAGUCAUUAUUCAUAGAAUUCCCACUGAUAGUUUGUGAAGUGGAGGAGCGUUUUGCAAUUAAGAGAGCAUGAAUCAAACAUCUUGCAAUUUGGAGACAUUAUUAUUUGAAUUUAUAUACUGCCCUAUACCUGGAGGUCUCAGGGCGGUUCACAGAAUAAAGCUUCUCUGGAAUAAAGCUUCCAGGUGCCUUGCUACAGAUGAAUUGACUUGUGACUUCUUCAACUUUUUUUGUCUUCAGAGUUGCAUCUAAUGUUUUCAUUGAUGGAUAAAGUUCCUAAUGGAAUAGAGCCUAUGUUAAAAGAUUUGGAAGAGCAUAUCGUUAGUGCUGGAUUAGCAGAUAUGGUAGCAGCCGCUGAAACUAUUACUACUGUAAGUAGGUGUUUCUUGACUUUAUCCCUUACCCUUAGAAAGCUUUCCCUAUAUAUCAGGAAUAUUUUGCAAAACUAAUUCUCAGUUUGGUGUGAAGUAGGUGUCCAAAGUGUUGGUUGCCUUUUUUUACCACCCAAGAAAUCAUGCAGCCAAAUGUUUGCAACUACAUCCAGUAUGAUAUGCUCCUUCCCACUUCAGUCCCUGCCUUGCCCAGGAACCACAGUCUCUACUAAAUCUUGAAAUGAAUGUGUGAAAUUGAAUUGAAAACCAGGCUGUUUACUAGAUACAGUAGGGAAAUAUUGCUGCUUCCUUAAAAUCAUUGGGGUUUUAAAAUCUCAUGAAAUAAAACUGCAAGCUUUUAAUUUUGUUGGGGUUAUUAAGCAAUUAAAGAUUUCUAUUACAAAUUGAAACUUUGCUUCAAAGCAGUCAUCACAAUUAAGAGCAUGCCAAAUCCCUGGAACGUGGGGAUCUUAAAAGAACUGCCACCACACUGGCAAGAUAAAUUCCCUGCACCAGAUUUAACGGUAGAGAAAUUAACCAUGGCUCUGCCUUCCAAUCUGCAUUUAGAGUUAGCACAUAGCAUGCCAUUGUGGGACUGCCCAGUUGUGAUACGAAUGAGCAGUCAGAAGCCUCAGAUUUGUACAUUCAUUCUCUCCAACUUUUGUGUGCAGCGAUUCCCUACCUCCAGUUCUUGUUUGAGGCCAAUCUUAGUAAGCAAGUUUCAUCCAAACCAUGGUUAGUGUCAAACCAGGAUUGGGGUUAGUGUCAAACCAGGUGAAUUGCCAUGCAUACUAGGCACACCAAGCCCCAAACCUUUAGCUGGUGGUUCACGUAAUGCCAGUCUUUGGUUUAGCAUAACGUCUGAAUCACUUCUUGGGGUGAAAUUGUAUUUUUUGUAAUAGGAAAAGUAGCUGAAAUUGAUGGUGGCCUGUAAAGUCACCUCUACCUUCUAAAGAACUGGGACAUCUUCCUCAAAUGAAGCAGUUUUAUUGGAAGCACCUGGUGUACUUUUCCAGUCUAUAAAAAGGGAUAGAUCAAAAAGCUGACAGUAACCAGAUAUCUGUCAGAUUGUCCACUAACACUCAACAAUUUCCAUUUUUAAUAUAUUUUGAAUAGUUCUUGUUCCUUUGUUCUAACAGCUUGUACUUAGCAGAAAUUUCUGUAGAAUAUAGGUUCUUCCAAGAAAUGUGUUUUAGGAAUAUAAUUCAGAAAACUUUAUAUAAAUUGUUUGAACUUAAAAUUGGUAAUGUGCUUCAUAAAAUCUAGCAAAAGUAAUUACUUUUGAGCUCAAUACCCUCCAUGAAAAUAAGUAAUUCACAGAAAAUUGGUGUAGUUUACCAGUGCCACUGAUUAAUAAUAAUGUGCUAUUUUUUCUCACAGAUUUGGCUUUUUAUUUUUUGUUGCUUUGCUUCUUCAAUUUUUAGGAUUCUGAAAAGUAUGUAGAACAAUUGCUCACAUUAUUUAAUCGAUUUAGCAAGCUGGUUAAAGAAGCUUUUCAAGAUGACCCAAGAUUUCUUACUGCCAGAGAUAAGGUAUGAUUGUUAUUAAUUCAGUUGGCCAUUUGUUUCAGUUUUUAACACUGUGUGUUUUAAAACACAAUGACAUACUUCAUGUUUCAAGUCUACAAUUUGUUAUUGAUGCUUAUGGGACUUGCAUGAUGUAAAUGAAAAAUAUAAUAACUUGUCAUCUUAAGAAUUCUCUAUAUAGAAGUAAUUGCAAGAUUUCAAUCAUAUACUUAUACAAUUACAUUAGAUACUCUCACAGCUAUACAUGCCUAAUUAAUCAUGAUAUGUCAAUAUUGCCCAAGUAUCUAAGUCGGGGAUUUGUUAAGAUGAUUAUAGAAAUAGUAGUGAAUUGAAAGUCCUAAUACUAUAAACUGUAUAUAAAAUGUUGGAGAAUACCAUCACAAGGUAUGAUGAUAUAAUAAUACUAGGUGUACUGCUGAUGUAAUGGUAGGUUUUAAAAUGCAGGCAACAAAAGUGUUACAUUUCUAUGAAUAGUUUAGCUAGUUCAGACAUCAUAUUUGGCUGAUUUAAUAAUUGGGAUUACCCUGCAUGUGUCAGGAGUGAGCUAGCAGUAAGUCACCUGGAGUAAGUGAACUCUCUAUUAGAAAAAAGCAGGGUCUGCACAGGGUUGCCAGGCCUAAAUGAGCACAUCAGCUCUUCUUCAGUAGGUCUUGCCCCAGGAGACAGUUGCAGAGACUGAAGGUCCACAGCUGCCUGUCACUUCUCCAGGGUUUUCCUCAAGCAAUCUGAGACACUGCCUGUGCUUUUGCUCCUCUUGCUAAUGCCUCUCCUAGUCCUUGGGAGAAUCUCCUAGUCCUAGUCCUUGGGAGACCAGCAGGAAGGGGAGUUAGUCGCAGCAGGAGAGGGAGACACCCGUGCUUUUUCACCAGCCUGACUCACCUCUGCCUCUUGGCUUCUCUCACCCCCCUCUCCUGCUGCAGCUUCUGGCUCUGAUUCUGGACUUCUCUCUGCCACAGACUUUCCCCACUCACUAAGCCCUAUUACCUCUUCAGCUUCUGACACCUACUCCUUUCAGUCUUCUCUCUGACCACCCAUCGGCAGCCCACCUCCAGUACCCAGGCUUUGAGCCUUCUUCCCUUGGGGAAGCUGGUUCCUGCUACCUUUCCAGCUGGUUCCUCCUACCAUUCUUCUGUGUCCAACCUUUCCAUGAUAGCAUGUUUGCACACACCUAACCUCCACCCACCUAUGUGCAUUUCCCCUUCUCUUUUCUGAUUAGCGAAGCAUAGGUGCCAGCUCCCACUAAUUCUCUUUAGCUUUCAAACUUAAUACUGCAAUUAAAGUAGGGAGCGCAUGAACCUUCAGGGAGUUCUUGGUGGCCAAACCAUAGCUUUGCAAUCAGCCCUGUGUGAUGUCUGAAAUGAAAGAUGAAGAUUUUGAAUGGUCAGUUUUGGAAUCUGUUCCCGUGUUGAGAAUUGAAUGGAUGUUUUCAUUUUAUUUUAGGCAUAUAAAGCUGUUGUUAAUGAUGCCACAAUAUUUAAACUUGAAUUACCAUUGAAACAGAAGGGGUAAGUUGUUUGAAUAUUGGCUUGAAUCUAUUUGCAUUCUGUUUGAUGUUAAUUAGGCAAGUUCAUUAUAUAAAGUUGGUUUUCCAGGCCACCUUGGGCUUACAUCCAUCUUUCCCAUGCUCAACAUUGUAUAUUCAGUCCUUUACCAUAAACAGAUAAUUGUAAGCAUCAAAUUACUAGAAGUUGCAAUGCCAUAUUAUAUUUAAAUACUUGAAACAAUUGAAAUUUCUGAAUCCUUCCACCAUAAUUGACACUGUUCUAAUCUAGAGGCUCAAAAGAAGCCACCUUCAGAGGAGUCCCAUGAAAGUGCCUGCCUUGUGGUGCUUUUGUACUGUAUAUUCUCCCUAUUGUAACUUCUGAUUGUUCAUUUAAUAGUAGGCCCAGAGUUUAAGUCACACACAGCUUGUGGUGAUGUUAGGAGGAGCUGUUUGUUUUGAUAAUUCUUUCGAACUUGGAAUCUUCUCUCAUACAUGCUGCACUGGCUUUCUGAGUACAGUCCCUUCUGCUAACUCAUUUACACAAAUUACUAUUCUCCGUAUUAAUUACAUCUGUGAAAUAACAUAUGGACCCUUGGAAGGAAAAGAAGCAAGUGGAAUUUAAGAAAAGUGUGUAAACGUUUGCUCUUUUUAUUGAAUUGUGUCCCCCCCACCUUAAUUAUUAGUAAAAGCCUGACUUGGUAUAAUGGUGUGCAACUUCACAUUGAGGGCUGCUCAGUAUAAUUUUGUGAUAACUACUUUUCAUGUUCGUUUAGUGUUGGACUGAAAACACAGCCAGAGUCCAAGUGCCCGGAGCUGCUUGCAAAUUAUUGUGAUAUGUUGUUGAGAAAAACACCGCUAAGCAAAAAACUAACCUCUGAAGAAAUUGAAGCAAAGCUUAAAGAAGUGGUAUGUGCAGAUUCUAGUUUUUAUCUGGGGGGGGGGGGAAUACAAUUGUGAUCCCCCGCAAAAUUUCUUUUGAUCACUCCAAAAAACAGCAGGAUUAACAGGGAGGGAGACUGUCAUUGGAGUUCAAUGCUGCAAUAGUUCAGUUCUUAAUCUAGUUGCUGUCUGGGUGCAGAGAGUAGCAUCUUACUUUUAUGCACAAUUAAGUAUUAUUCCUUAAUCUGACAGUUGCAUGCAAUUUAAGUUGGCUGAUGUGGGGUUCAGACCUUUCACAAGAUCCUCUUUUCAUGCAUUACUUGUGUGAAGAUGCAAAAUGUACUGAAAACGUGUGGGAUUGUGCCUUUAGGUCUGCCUCAAUGGCCAGCAGCUUCUCCCACUUGGCAAUGCUCUCAUGAGCAGAGACAUCUGGUUCAAAGAAGCAUUUGCACACAAAAUCCCUGGAACUCUGAUUGCACUGAGUUUGAGGGCUCAGGGCAGCCUCUAGUUGUGGAGGUUACUCAGAAAAACUUUCCUGCCCUUAGUGGAUUGUGAGGCCAGGAGCAGCUGUGCAUUUUGAGGUUCUAAAAGUUUGGCAUCCUCCAACCCACAACCCCUUUCAACACACUUUGCCUUAUUAUAUCGGGGGGGGGAGUUAUUAGUUUGUUUCUAUUUUAUUAUGUCCCCCCCUUUGUAUUUUUAUAUUGUGAACUGCCCUGUGAUCUUUGCGUUAAGGGUGGCAUACAAAAUUAAUAUAAUAAUAAUAAUAAUAAUAAUAAUAAUGUGAGUAGUGUAAGAAGGAAGCUAAAGAGACCCCAUGUACUGUUGUGUUUGAGCCCUGGCACCUUUUGUUUUAGAAAAAUUUAAGCACACUGUAUUGCACACUAAGAGGGAUGUGGGUAGCGCUGUGGUCUAAACCACUGAGCCUUGGGCUUGCCAAUCAGAAGGUCAGCGGUUCAAAUCCCCGUGACGGGGUGAGCUCCUGUUGCUCAGUCCCAGCUCCUGCCAACCUAGCAGUUCGAAAGCACGUCAAAGUGCAAGUAGAUAAAUAGGUACCACUCCAGGGGGAAAGUUAAAUGGCGUUUCCAUGUGCUGCUCUGGUUUCGCCAGAAGUGGCUUAGUCAUGCUAGCCACAUGACCUGGAAAAACUGUCUGCAGACAAACAUUGGCUCCCUUGGCCAGUAAAGCGAGAUGAGCGCCGCAACCCCAGAGUCGUUCGCGACUGGACUGUCGGGGGUCCUUUACCUUUUUAUUGCACACUAAUCUCUGAAUGCUACUGUGUGGUCUUUUUGCAGAAUCAGAUACUGCUGUGAUCAAAAGGGAGAAAUGCAGAACGUUUCAAUUAAAAGUGGAACUGUGUUGUUAAACCACAUUUGUUCCUCAGUGAUAGCUUGAGAAGGAACAUAAUUAAAUCUGUAGUCAUUUCAUAGAGCAUGACUGCUGAAAGAUCAUUUUGGGAGUAUGAGCUUGCCACCUCCUGGCUCGGCUGUGCAGUAACAAUAGAUGUUAGUAGCAACCACUGAAACUAGUCUAAUGCUUUUUUUAAACAGCUAUUGGUGCUCAAGUAUGUGCAGAACAAAGAUGUUUUCAUGAGAUACCACAAAGCUCAUUUAACAAGACGUCUUAUAUUGGAUAUAUCAGCAGAUAGUGAAAUAGAAGAGAAUAUGGUAGAAUGGCUGAGAGUAAGUAUCUCAAAUCCUAAUGUUUUUAUUAUUCCUCUAAGUUUGUUGAUUAAAAAGGGCAAAUAUUAAUGUUUUAAAUAUAAAUUAUCGAGGGUCUACCUCAGGGGUCAGCAAACUUUUCAGCAGGGGGCCGGUCCACUGUCCUUCAGACCUUGUGGGGGGCCGGACUAUAUUUUGAAGGGGGAAAAAUGAACGAAUUCCUAUGCCCCACAAAUAACCCAAAGAUGCAUUUUAAAUAAAAGCACACAUUCUACUCAUGUAAAAACACGCUGAUUCCCGGACCGUCUGUGGGCCACAUUUAGAAGGCGAUUGGGCUGGAUCUGGCCCUCGGGCCUUAGUUUGCCUACCCGUGGUCUACCUAUUAGUAUCUUUUCAGCACUGCAAAUUGGAUGUGUGCUAUUGAAUUCCCUUCUUAGAAUAGGCCUUCAUGUUUAAAAGUAAGUAUUUUAAAAAAUUAAAAUAUUGAAAAUUAGUAGUAGCUCUGUUUCAUAAGACUUAGGCUUACAGUAUUUUCUAUAAAACAAAAUCUCUCAGAAUAAGCCACAGAACUCAUAAUUUAGAUUAAGUUCCUUAUGAUGAUAUAAGUUCUUUAUGAUGAUAUAACAGCUAUUUAUAUACAUGAUGGCCAAGUGGUGGCCCUUACAUUAGCUCCAGCCACUGCCAGUCCUCUCCAUGGGACUCUGUGAGCACUGCACUGCUCUCUUUUCUAGGCAGGUGCAUCUCAUAUGAGAGUUUGUUUCCCCCUCCCUCAAGAAGUCAGUAGGCACCCCUUCCUUCAGUAAGUGAGUUAACACCUUGGAAGACUUUUGACUGAUGCAGGAACUUUGGGGGCAAUCUCCCUGGAGGCUCGCAGAAUUACUCAUUUCCUGAAAGAAAGAAUGUCUGCCUAUAUAAUGGGACUGGAGGCUAAACUCUUGUUUCUGGCUAAGUCAUUUGUAGGUAAACAAAUUGCAUCAUGAUGGUAUCCAACCCCAAGAAACUUGGUGGAGGGGAAAUAGAGCCCUAACUGUUUUUCAUAUAGCUAUGCAACUCACAUAACAGACAUUUUCAGACAUGCUGUGUUAGAUGUGCAGAGCUGAUCAUUGGACAUUGCCAAAUGUAGUAGUUACUAAGGCCAUACUAGCUGGUGUUUUCCAGAUUUACAUUUAUCAACAUGCUGCUUCAUCCCAUUUGAGACCAUCUGGUUUUCCAUUAUCUGAUAGGCCUGUGUAGCUGUCAAGUACUGGCGGGGGGGGAUGUGUAUAUUGUCUAUUCGGGUUAUACCUUUUGAAUUAACUUAUUUGAAAAAUACAAUGCUACUGUGCAGAACAACCCCUUCCUUUUAAAGAUCCUAUUGUGCCUACAUUUAAUUUGCCAUCUCUUUAUGCAGGAAGUAGGUAUGCCAGCAGAUUAUGUAAAUAAGCUGGCAAGAAUGUUCCAGGAUAUCAAAGUAUCUGAAGAUUUGAACCAGGCUUUCAAGGAAAUGCACAAAAAUAAUAAGCUGGCCCUACCAGGUACUCUUACUUUCCUGUGUUACAUAGAAUGACGCUGCUUAACUCCAGCGUGAAAAGAGUCAGUUUCUUUAUUGUGCUAACCUGUCAGAGAUGUUUUGCUGUUUACUCUGUGUGACUUACAUUCUGAUUUGGAAUUCAUCUGGGUGUUUGUUCGUACAGCGGAUUCUGUGAAUAUCAAAAUUUUGAAUGCUGGGGCCUGGUCCAGAAGUUCUGAAAAGGUUUUUGUAUCGCUGCCCACGGAAUUAGAAGAUCUCAUCCCUGAGGUGGAAGAGUUCUACAAAAAGAACCACAGCGGCAGGAAACUUCACUGGCAUCACCUUAUGUCCAAUGGAAUUGUAUGUAUGCAUGUGCCAGUCACUUCUGUUCUGUAUUUUUGUAAAUAUGUACUUGGUCUUGGUGAGCUGGAGACAAGUCUGUACUUAAGGACAGUUCAUGGAUAAUUUUUGGUCCCUUUAACAGAUAACUUUUAAGAAUGAAGUUGGCCAGUAUGACUUGGAGGUAACAACGUUUCAGCUGGCUGUGCUUUUUGCCUGGAACCAAAGACCCCGAGAGAAGAUCAGCUUUGAAAACCUUAAACUGGCAACAGAACUCCCUGAUGCUGAGCUCAGGAGAACUUUGUGGGUAUGUGCCCAGAUUUGUAAACUAAUUUUAUUUAUAGGACAAGGGUGUGUGUCAGAUGGCUGUUGUGGUUGCUCGAGAGUAACCAGGCAGGACUCCAACCUGUCUUUUACAGGCUUUAUUUAGGUGCAAACUAUUUACAGUGAAGAGCAUCAAAAGUUCACGUCUUGCUCAAUCGCUAGCAGAAUCCGGGAGUGGUCUGUUUUUGGACCUCCCCCAACAUAAGAGUUUCAUUACUCCCAACCUUCUCCUUCCUUCUCUGUGCCUUAGGCUACUGCACAGGACGGGCGAUGGCAAGGGCGUGUUUCCCUCCUGUCCUCCUUGCCUAGGAGUGGUGUUAAGGCUCCCACAAGCAUCCUCUGGUCCUUGCACCUCUUCCCCACUAGAGGUGGGACUUUCCUCCUCCCCGGAAGAGGAACUGCUUCUCAAGAUUUUUGGAGGCUCCCUGUAACACAACUGCCCUUCUGUUCCUCGCCUCUGAGCUGAUGGCAGUUCCCUGACAGUGUGUGUGUUGGGUGGAUAAUUUUGAAACAAAGCUCCAUUUGCUAUGCUUUUUAAGUAAAAUCAAGUCACCUAAAAGUAAACAAUAAUAACAUUGAGAGGGUGAUAAUUGCGCAGAAUUCCUGAACGAUCUUUUCUGGGAAAUUGGUUUGGUAGUCUUAAUGUUAAGUCAAGUCCUAGUUAUUGUUAUUUAUGUUCCAUUAUUAAGGAUACACACCCUUCCAAGGUGACUGAGGGGUAAAAACAAAAUACGUUAAUAAAAUCACAAUAAAACAAAUAACAGAACAGUGCAGCUGGUGUCAGUAGGCCCUGUGGCAGGACAGAACACAGAGCAGCUGAUGCCCUCCCUCCCUCUUCUGUUUCCAGGACAGUUUGUUUAUUGUUUAUGUCAUAAAUUUAUCACUAAAAUAUUUACAACCAUAACUUAAAACACCCAGAAAGUUAAAACCACAAUAGAAUAGACAAAAACAAAUAAAAACUUAUACGAAAUUUGUAAGUUAGUUGGGCAACAGUUAAUGAAGAGGCGAGAGAGAAUACUGUAGCUAUGAAUGUUGUUGAACUUUAAGAGUUGUCAUACUUCCUGUCUUAUUUUUAUACUGCCUUUUUAUGGUUAGAAUUAUUGAUGAUGAUUCAUAUGUUUUUGAUCAAAACAGCUUGUUCUCAGUGUAAGGGGGAAGGGAAGCUAUAUCUCACAGUUCCAACAUAGUGAUGAAAAAGUGGUCAGGUGUGUAUUUCAUCUGCUGGUAGUUAAACAUGAUUACAACUUGCCAAGUAAUAUUGGCUCUGUGCAGCAGUUGGAGAUGGACUUUUCUUCAGGGCUUUUUUGUAUGGCUGGGGGUGGGCAGUCUAUUAUGGUUGCUUAUGCAAUCACUGCUCCAGAAAAAGUUGUCCAGAUAUGCAGACAUCACCUUCUUUUUACAUUCACUCUGACUCUGAUUCUCUUUUCUGUGAAUAAAUUUAUUCCCUCUACAUUUCAGUGACAGAACCAAGCCUUAACCAAAGUCUUGCCAUCAGCUAAAUAACAAAGCUGGAUACAAUCCAUAAGUUUUUAAUAACUCAGUUUGGUGCAAGAGCGACUUUUAUACUUUCCUUUUGCUAAGGGUGUUGUCAAAGAGUUAGGGGCAACUUUAUUCAAAGUAUUUGUAUGUUAUUUAGCUUUCAGCGUUCCAUUGUUCACAAUUGCUUUGCUUGCUAUGGGAAUGUGUAUAAGAAUUGUUCCGUUUUAGCAGCUAGUUAAAAUAAAACAGGAUUUCUCUGCUGUUUGUAUCUAGCAAACAGAUAGCAUGACAAAAUACUGCGGAUUUGCCAAAAUUUCACCUGAAAGCUUAUUUUCAUGGAGUGUAUCACUCACUCACUCUCACCUUUCUUCUCAACAGUCUCUUGUAGCAUUUCCAAAGUUGAAACGUCAGGUUUUGUCAUAUGAACCUCAAGUCAACUCACCCAAAGACUUUACUGAAGGAACCCUCUUCUCAGUGAACCAGGAGUUCAGCUUAAUGUAAGAUGUAGAAUUGGUUUAUUCCUUAAGUGCUUUGUAGAAGAUGAAGGACAAUUUUUGGUCCAACAAUACUUAGAUUUCAUUUUGGAGAUGGAUCAUAUCAGAGCAAAACCUAAAAUGGUUGACAUUUUUGCAGUUAAUUGAGACUGAAUGUUUUGGCAUUGGCCUAUCAGGUUUGAAAUGUUCUUAUAUCUUAUCUCCUACUUAUAGGCAGAAAUUGAAAUGUUUUCAUUCUUGAUGUUUUUCAUGAUGUACUUGGCAAACAUGUUUAACCGAGUCCUUUUCGUAGAGGUAAUAAUUUUGUAAUAAAUACUCAAGGGACGCGGGUGGCGCUGUGGGUAAAACCUCAGUGCCUAGGACUUGCCGAUCGUAUGGUCGGCGGUUCGAAUCCCCGCGGCGGGGUGAGCUCCCGUCGUUCGGUCCCAGCUCCUGCCCACCUAGCAGUUCGAAAGCACUCUUAAGUGCAAGUAGAUAAAUAGGGACCGCUUUAUAGUGGGAAGGUAAACGGCGUUUCCGUGUGCUGCGCUGGUGCUGACUCGCCAGCUGCAGCUUCGUCACGCUGGCCACGUGACCCGGAUGUGUCCUCGGACGGCGCCGGCUCACGGCCUCUAGAGCGAGAUGAGCACGCAACCCUAGAGUCAGACACGACUGGCCCGUACGGGCAGGGGUACCUUUACCUUACUCUUCAUUUUUGCAAGUUACAACUAAUCUUGCUGAUGUGUAUAUGCAUGGGUUGAACACCUGCAAGUGGGGAGAUACCUGUAUUUAUAGCGGUAGAAUACAACACUUUGGUUGAGUCCCCAGUGCCCCCAAUUAAAUGCACCUUUUCACCCUUGUUUUUGACACUUGAGAUGCACCUUUUUAGGACCCCUCAUAUUUUUGUAAGUUUUAAAUUUGUUUUGAAUUGUUCUUAGCAUUGUGUAAUAAUUGUGUUUUAAUAUUUGUGUUGUGGUUUAAUUGUCACCUGCCUUGGGACCUUAGGGUGAAGGGCAGGUAAUUGUAAUUAUGAUAAUCCUAAUCAUAAUAAAGGUUGUUGAGCAUUAGCACUCAGAAAUAGCUUUGCCUGAAAUCUUGGAGAGUCUCUUUGGAGUAGGACUAAGCAGUGAAAGCAUCUUGCAUAUCCUAUAUAUUUUGCUUCAUCUCAUUCUUAAUUAUUUCAGAAAAAAUGCAAAAGUUCAAAAGAGAGGUAAGAUAAACCUAAUUGGUAGACUUCAAUUAACUACAGAGAGAAUGCGAGAAGAGGAAAAUGAAGGGAUAGUCCAAUUAAGAAUAUUACGGACGCAGGUAAGUUAAUCCUAUAUAAGCUUCUGGCUUUGAUUCAAUUUUCUAACUGUUCAACUCUGUGAUUAUUAUUUUUUACACUACUACAAGUAUGAUCUCUGUGUAUGCUCUUGAAGUCUGAAGUGCUUCAGUACCUGACAGCUUGUUUUUGCCUUCCUUUACAGUGUAUCUAAUUAAAUGAAGAGUAGAUCUGUCACUGUAGGAUGUGAAAAUUCAUGUUUAACUAUCUGACUUUGUGAUCAAAAGGGCUCCACAAUACAGGCAGGUGAAAAUCUGCUUUGCACCAAGCUACACAGGUGCAAAGCUGCAAGGGGCAACAUGAACAGAAGCAAAUUUUCUUAUUCACAACAUAGGAACAAGGACUGAGUUGCAAAAUUGCUGUGGAUCUAUCACGACUAGGACUGUGUGCUUUAUGCAUUUCCAUUGGCACACAAAUGGUGAUAUGGGAUGCAGAUUCAGCUACUUCGGUUUUAAUAGAAAUAAAAAGGAAACGGUCUUGUCAUUCCAAGAUAUGCUUGGAAGAGUGCCAUCCAUGCUUUCUGAAAUUUCAAAGUCAGCAUUCAUAUCUAAAUGUGUCAUCAAAACUAUGUAACCUUGGUAGUGCCACACUGAAACAACAGGUUGCUUUGUAGAGUCACCCUAGCAGAAAUCUAUGUGUGGUGUGUUCCAGGGCCUUGGGAAUGUGCACCCACUGCUGCCCAGUGGCAAUGUGUGUGCUUUGUUUAAUUUCUGUAUUCCUUCUGUCCUGUUUGACCAUACGUUGGUAGUUUCAAACCCCUGGCUCACAUGCAGUAGCAUUCAUGAGAUGCUUAUCCCCAUGCCCUACAACUUCUAAGAACUUAGCUUUCAGGGUGAAUGUCUGAGCCUGCUUAAUAAUGACAAACUUAGUCCCAAAUCUUUUAGCUGAAAAUUCAUAACUUACACGAUCCUCUCCAGUAUGCAUAUAUGUAAUAUGUUAGCUUAGAGAGGCUAAGUGUUAUUCUCACAAACUGCCCUCUGCCAUUACUCAUACCCCUGCAGUUUUCGAAAGCAAUAGGCUUUUAUCAUAUUACAAUAAAAUGGUAGAACCCUGUUUGACCUUCACUUUUACCAGCAUAGUUGCAACUUUGUCUUGUGUUAGUACAAAAUGUUUUCUUCUCUUGGUUGCUGUGACUAUGUGUCUAGCAACUCUGAAGGCAAUAUCUGAAGAUCUCUGUUACAUUGUUUUGUUAUUUUUAUCGUUUAUGUAUAUUUGUAUACUGCUUAAGAGAUUUUUAAAUAUUUGCUUAACAUUAGGAAUGAUUUUAAAUAUAAACAGAUAAAGGUAAACAAAUAAAUAAUUGCUAACUAUGUUGCUAAAGCAGUCCAUGUGAAUGCAACUAAGCUGGUGAGUACAGAUCUAAAAUGAGGGGUGUGUCUUAAGCUAAGUUGGCUGUUCUUUUCAGUUAGUAUAAUAGGUAGCCCUAGUCUUCAAAAUCCUGUGAUUUACGAAGUGAUGCUUGUGAAAUUGACUGUCUUCUCUGCCAACCAGUUAAAUAGAUUUGGUUUGUUAACCUUGUACAACACACACCCAAAGUGCUUUUUCUUACCUUUUUUCCUUGCUUAGGAGGCUAUCAUCCAAAUAAUGAAAAUGAGGAAGAAAAUUACUAAUGCUCAGCUUCAGACUGAACUAGUAGAGAUAUUAAAGAACAUGUUCUUGCCACAGAAGAAAAUGAUAAAAGAGCAGAUUGAAUGGCUUAUAGAACACAAAUAUAUCAGAAGAGAUGAAUCAGAUAUCAACACUUUUAUAUACAUGGCAUAGCUUGAAGACUCUCUUACUGGAAGAUGCCAAGGAAAUGUGCAUUGGAGAUGGCUUGAGCAGACAACUACAAGAAAAUGAACUGUGCUGAGAAAGGACUUGUUUGACUUGCAUUACAUAUUCAAUUCCCUGCCUUACCUUACCAGAGGACUUUGUUUUGCCAACCUUUUUUUUUUCAGCUAGCAUGAUGGCGUUCCCUUCAUGUUGCACAGGUUUUUAACAGCAUGCGGUUUUUGUGGGGAAACUUUGCAUUCAUUGAGAGCCCGUUGUGAUAUUUUUUUAGAUUUCAAUUGUACCCACCUGGAAGAGAACAGAUUUGGGGUUUCUAGAUGAACAGUACCUUGCACAAGGAAAAUAUCUUCAAAACCCAUGCACUGAGGGUUGUCACAUUUUUAAGAAAGCAGCGAGUAGGACUAGAUGUAGCAGUUCACACUUUGUGUUUUGGAUCAACAGCCUCCUUUUGAUCCAUUUUUAUGUACGAUAUUUGAGCAAGACACAAAUAGCAUCACAGCUGAAGAUACAUAUUUAUCUUUGGGCUCAAGCAAAGUGCUUCAGUAUAACUGAAUUUGGAUACUGAGACACAAGUGAUGUUAAGCAGGAUAUAUCCUGUUUGUCACUUUUCUUUACAAAACUUGGGUAAACAUUUGUUUCUUGGACAGAUGACUUCAUUCCCUUCCUUUUUAAAAUAAGAGGUGUAGCUUUCUCUUGAUUAUGGCUUCACCCUUAAGAACUGUGUUUCAUGGAUGGAUCUGCUUAUGGUGAAACAAAAUGAAAUAUUAAGUGUAUCUCUUUGUACAUUUAAUAUAAUAUGCUUGCGUAAAUCUGAAUGCAUUAAAAAAAGCCAGUGCACAACUUAUCCAAAAUAGGAAUUAACAUUUUGACAAUCCCUAUAUAUUUCUUCCUUGAUUAUUUAUUUGAAAAUCUCUAAAUGUUACAUUUUUUUAAUACAGUUCUACUCUGGCAGGGGGGUGGGGGGAUCAACUGUGUGGAAUAAGAUAAUUCUUUGACCUCCUAGACCAGCUCCACGUAUAUAUGCUGACAGAUUGUCAUAAAUCUGACUGUUCUACAAAAAAGAAAGAAAUGCUGCCACCCGGCCUCCAUUUGUUUCGGUGAGUAGGAGCCCCCACUGAUGGAAUGUGCUCAUUCCUCCCCCCCCCCUUUCCCUUGAUAAAAAUCUUCCAGAGAUUUAAAGCAAUGCACAUUAAGGCUUAGGGCUAAAGAGUGCUUUACUGAGGGCAAGAGAGCUGCCACACCACAGCAGAUGCUAGUUAUUUUCAGAGUUAACUGCCAAGUCUCCAGCUGCUUUAAAAUGUCCAUGAAGAGUCGAGCUUCCUGCCUCAGCAUUACUAGCGUGGGGGGGGAGGAAUUACCUAACGCCAGUUCAGCUUUUACCGUACCCUAUUCCUAAACGUUAUGCCUGGGGAAAGCAAUGUUGCAAAACAGCCUUUAAACUUUUAGCAGUCUAGAGCAAUUGUCUUUCCUUCUUAAAGUUAGUGAUUAUGCUUACAGGUUGGAAAGUGAAAUAGUAACAGAUAGUUGUGUGGGCAGAGUGAAAUUGGAAAUGGUUGUUGUAUUUUACCUAUAAUGGGGCUCCAAAGGUAGUCUACCCAUCCACAGACAGAGGUUGUAACUGGCACCCUUAAGUGAUGAUAAAUAACAUACCAGUGUGGGUGGGGGAACUGUAUGUGCUUUGGGAUGGCAGAGACUGACAAACGUGCAUGGAAAUGCAAAAGUGGCAGAUGAAAACAGGCAGUGAUUUAAAAACCUCACUUUCUGCACUUAAUGUGCGCAUUUUUAUUGUGGAUCAGAGGAUAAUAUUUUUUAAAAAUUAACAGAGUUGACAUAAAGUUAACUUCCAAGUUAACAUAGAAUUGUUGAAUUUCAGCAUUAAAAUUUUAUGGGCAAGAAUUUUAAAAAAAGUUUUACAUACUUGUCAAGCACUCCUUGUUAAAGGGAAAGACAACUAAAAUUGAUCCCCCAGAAGUCUACAUGCUACAGGGUUUCUAAAACUGCAUUUGGUUUGGAAGUUGGUUUGGAAAUGGGUAGAAAAGGGCAAGUAAUUUUUUAAAAUAUUUGUACAUAUUUCUUGAAUACUUUGAUGAGAGUGCUUUUGAAUUGUAUGCUUCCCAUUAAUUUGUAUUGGAGGCAGUAAGCAUGACACAUUAAAUAUAAAACCAGCUUUAAACUUCAUAUUUAAUUUCUUGGUAUCGUUCAGACACUAGCAGCCUGAUUGUCAAAAAAUACCCCUUUUCCUCUUUUUAUUCCUAGCAGUGCAAAUACUUUAGAACUUUGGAAUUAGUGGCUAGGAUGUAAAUGACCACCACGGACUUCAUUUGUGACUAUUCAUAAAGCCCUCCCAUCAGCCCCUUGUUCUCCCUAAAAAGAGCGCAGUACAGUGGCCUGUACUUCAAAAGGAAACUUGCCAAAAAGAAAAAGAAAAGAAACAAACCUCAGAAAACCCAUCCACAUGCAGAAGCACUUUAAGGAUCACAUGAGGCUGUUUGGAUCUUGCCAGUGAGAGUCUGUCUUGCUCAUUUACAUAGCAGCAAAAUUCACAGUGCCCUUGCGUCUCCAUCUCUUACGGUUAUUUCUUACACAAGGUACUUAAAUGUUUCUAGGACCAGGGGAAUUACAACGGACAAUGUGCCUAUAACUUUGUUCAGUUUUUUCUUUUCUUUUUGUGUACAUUGGAUCAGGAUGUCAUGGUAAAACACUGAAUCUGAAAAAUCACACCAGCAAUUUUCCUUACAGCUGCAGAAUCACAUUUAGCGUUCUCUUGUCGGGACACUUUUCACCAAGAUGCCCUUAAGGCUAAAGGUUAUCAGGAAGAGAAACAAACUGGUUUAAAAAUGUAUGCAGAAAUAGGAAAACAUCCAAAUCUAAGAAUGAAUUGAAUCAUCAGUCAUUGCAAUAUGGCAACAUGGCACUUUUAAAGCUUGAUUUUUAGCUUUGGAUAUUUUUCUCCAAAGACCUAGCAUAAAGAGGUGCUGCUUCUGAAAAACGUAUGUUGCCACAAGCACUGCCAUUGUGGUUUGUAUUAAGUAAUACUCUAGAUGUGAAAAAUAAUGUAGGUUGCAUUGAUUUUAAACAUAGUUGUUAAAAAAAAACAAAAAAAACUUUUGUCACAACAUACGAGGUUCAUACUUAAUUUUGAAGUCUUCCAUUUCCCCCCUUUAUCCUACUGGUGUCCCUUGUUUUCUACCUAUUCAUUUGUUUAAACCUGUUGUUGGAGCAUAGUGUAGUUUAACUUAAGUUUGAGUGGUGGCUUCCCCCUUUUGGGGGAAGAAAAAGUAACAUGGCCCGGGUAGUUGAAUACUUUGAAUUUAUUUGCAUUACUGUAUCCGUUGUAAAAGGUACAAAUUUUAAAAAUGCAGCUGAGAGAAAUAUUUGAUAGCUUCAUGGAAAGAUUUGGUAUCUUAAGCGCAAAACUAUUUUCUAUUUUCAUGGAACUGGCUGGGAUCCUAUCUUUGUAAAUUCAAGGUCAUAUUUGUGAAAUAAAACAAUACACAAGAGCUUUCCUGUUUUAAUAGACUAUAUGUAGCCUGGAGUGCAGCGCAAACAUGAGUUUCCUAGGUUGUAAUACCCAUCUACAUAUGGUUAUUUACAGUUUUGAAUGUGUGCCACUACAUACUGAAAUAAUGCUGUACAAUUUUGACUGGUAGCAGUUUCUUCUUGUAUGGCAGUCCGGCUGAACUAUUUUGAUGUACUGCUUAAUUUUUGGAUUUUAUUUUUUAAGUUGUAUAAUUUAUUUUCUUGCAAAAUAAAAAUGUAAUAUAAAAUAUUAUAAAAAACCACAAAAUAUUUUUGGUGUUAUCUUCAGAACCUUUUGAAAACGGGAAUUAAACACCGUCCAUUAGGGUUCCUAGACUACCAUCAGUUGUUUUGAAAUCCAAACCCAAGCUAGUCCAAGGUAUGAAGAUAAGUGUUUUUAUCAGCAUUUAACACCACAUAGGUUCCAAGGGACCUGUCUGAGCAUUGUUACAGGGAUAUGCAUUUGUAUUGACUAUAUGAAUGGCACGUACAACUGCCUUGCCAGACAGCAGUGCAGCAAUAUAAUCUGAUCCAAAUCCACAGCACCUAAUUAUCAGUUCUUUCUAUGUAACAGAAGUUUACUACCUUUUUAGUACAAGCUCUCUAUGUAAACCUUAUAGUAGUGCAAAGUAACUGAAAUUUUAAACUAGAAGAUUUGGAUUGCAAGUUGCUAUUAAAAAUCAAUACUUUCCCACCGC